AUGACUGAAAAGGUUGAUGUUUGGCGAAUGAUUCGUAUGUUAACUUCAGAUAAAGGAGAUGUCGAAGUACUAAAUGAGAAAAAUCUUAAAAAACUAGUUCAACAACUCCGUUCUGAUAAUUCUCAAUAUCAAAGCUUUUAUCAAUUUUUGGAUAAACGUGCUGAAAGCUCUUCAUCUCAAACCAGAUAUCUUACCCUUCAAUUAACAAAUUACUUUUUUAUCAGAUCAGCUCAUUUUCGUCAUGAAGUUUGCAAUUCAUAUUUAUUCGGAUUUUUACAAAAGUUUUAUGAUAAAUUACCAUCUCCAAAGAAGUUUGCAGAAAAGAUAGAACAUUAUUUUCCUAUUAUUAUUCAAAUUUGGAGCGAAGAUUAUAAACAUAUCUACCCACAACUUAGUUACCUACCACAACAGUUUCCUUCCAAUAAAUCAGUAAAAAUGACACGCCAAGAAAGAAUAAACCUAACGAAUGCUAAAUUGUUAUCACAAAACUUUAAAAAAGAAUACGAGCCAUUCUUAAAUAAGAUAGAAAAUCUCAUUAAACUACUCAGUCCUCCAGAUGCAGAUCAAUUUCCUCCAUCUGAUGAAUAUUUUUCUUUAGUAAAAGAAAAUUUGAUGAUUGAGCGAAAACCAAUGGAAAGAUGCCUAGCUGAUCUUAGUUGGGUAACAACUAUUACAAAAAGAGCAGCAGGUGAUACUGAUAUUCAUACUCAAAUGAGUGAGCUCUACAAAAGGGCCCAAACAUUAUCUGAUAGUAUGACUGGAUAUAAUGAUGAUGAAUUCGAAGAAGUAGAAACUAUAUAA